AUGAAAAAAGAAUCCUUUAUCACACUACCUUACCUAUUAUCAACCGUAGCAUGUUUUGAGAAUAAUGACGCUUUCCAGGAUAAAGUAUUAAGAUUAGAUAUAAAUAAAUUUUACGGGGAUUCUAAAUUCAAUUUAGGCUCCGAAAUUGAUGAAGAUAUUUCCACACCUUCUGCCAGAUUAGUUAAGAGAGAGGAUGGUCAUGAAAUCAUUGAAAUACAAAACCAACAAGCUUUUUAUUCGGUAGAUUUAAUGCUUGGAACACCACCUCAAAAAGUUACUGUGCUUGUCGAUACCGGUUCUUCCGAUUUGUGGGUUACUGGAAACAACAAUCCAUAUUGUAUCGAUGGAACCAGUUCCAAAGCUGUGUCUUCUAAUAUAGAAGAUGAUAGUCAAACUAAAAAUCCUAUUUCAAAAGUUGUAGGAACUACUAUUAAUAAGAUUAGAAAAUAUUUUUCUCAUAAUCUACCAGACUUAUCUUUCCUAGAAGAUUCGGGAAGUGGGAAAUAUAAUUCUUCUCAACUUAAAGAUGUUACACCUCAAGACGCGCAUAUCGAUUGUUCAACUUACGGUACUUUUGAUCCAUCUAAAUCAUCAACUUUUGUUUCAAACGAUACAAAUUUUAUGAUUAGAUAUGGUGACCGUACAUUUGCAUCUGGUACUUGGGGCCGUGACUCAAUUGAGUUUUCCGAUCAUUUGAAUUUGACUGACUUUUCCUUUGGUGUGGCUGAUCUUACAAAUUCAACAAUAAGCGUUUUAGGUAUGGGUUUACCAAGAUUGGAAGUUACAUAUUCGGGCUUGUCGUUGGAUAGAUCACCAUAUACUUACGCAAAUUUCCCAAUGGCUUUAAAACAAUCUGGUUUAAUUGAUCGUAUGGUGUAUUCUUUGUAUUUAAAUAAAGCUGGUGCAAGUACUGGUUCUGUUCUAUUCGGGGCUGUUGAUCAUUCCAAAUACCAUGGUUCGUUGAAUACUAUUCCUUUAAUUAGUUUAUCUGGAUCUGGUAUUCCAAUUGCAUUUAAUGUGGCUUUACAAGGUCUUGGCAUGUCAAGUGAUUCUCAGGGAACUCAAACAUUUUUGUCCACACCUCUUCCUGCUUUAUUAGAUUCAGGUACUACUAUGACUUAUUUACCAGAUGCGUUGGUUGCUACGGUAGCAAGUACGUUGGGUGCAUCAUUUGAUGAAGCUCAAGGAUUGUAUCUUUUAGACUGUCCAUCAGGUUCUGAUGAUAGGGAAUUCAAUUUUGAUUUUGGAGGAUUUCAAAUUUCAGUACCUUUAUCAAAUUUUAUUUUAGAAGCUCUACCUGAUGUUUGUGUACUUACACUCUUUGAAAGUCAUGCUGAACGUGCCAUACUUGGUGAUUCUUUUUUAACAGAAGCUUAUGUUGUUUAUGAUUUAGAAAAUCUUGAAAUUUCAAUGGCACAAGCAAGGUAUGAUGAUGAUAAUGACAGCGAUAUUGAAAAAUACAAUGCCGAUAACAAGGUCUUACUUGAAGUGGUAACCUCCAAUAUUCCAAGUGCUAAUCAAGCUCCAGGGUAUUCCUCCACAUUAAUCAAUAGAUCCACCAUUCAGCCAAGUGGAAAUAUGUAUGCCGUAUCUAACGCUACAGCAACAGGAGGGCCUAGUGCUGGAAAUGCUACCCAAUCAUCGACUUACUCCAAUGUUGCAACGACAAAUGAUGUGAGUAGCACAUCUUCUAUCCAGUCACAAGCCACGGCCACUACAGGGUCAACAAGUUCAACCAGCCGCAGUCGUGGGUUGGCUAAUAAUCUUGUCCCAAAUUGCUAUACCAUAGCAACUGCUUUCAAUCUAUUAUUAUUACUUUUAUAA